AUGGCGUUUGCAACUGAGAUUGGUUCGCGGUCAUUAGCUAGCGAUGAUUUCAAUGGUGACGGCUUCGAGGAUCUGGCCGUCGUCAACCAAGACAGUAGCACUGUCAGCAUACUUCUUGGUAUUGGUACUGGAAGUUUUCAAACUCAAGUAGAAUUCUCGACUGGUGACGCUCCAUAUUCAGUCGCGUCUGCUGAUUUCAAUGGGGAUAAUAAUAUAGAUCUCGCCAUUGCGAACUCUGGUGAUGGUACUGUGAGCAUACUGUUAGGCGACGGGACCGGAAAUUUCAAUCAACUAGCACAAAUUACAAGUGGUGGUGGCACUCACUUUGUCACAACCAGUGAUUUAAAUAGCGACGGUUACGCUGAUUUGGUAGUUGCUAAUCAUAUCUUAUCUGGUACUGUAAGCAUUUUUCUUAGUAAUGGCAAUGGCACUUUUCAAACGCGAAAGACAUUUUCGACUGAUCGUUAUCCAACUGCAAUCGUUAUCGGUGAUUUCAACGGCGACAGUAAGAAAGAUCUUGCCGUUGUCAAUAAAUACACUAAUGACACCGUCAGCAUUUUGCUUGGUAAUGGAAGUGGAGAUUUCGCAAGUCAAACAACUUUUGCGACAGCUAGCUAUGGGUACUCGAUUGCUAUUGGUGACUUCAAUGGAGACAGCAACGAAGAUCUUGCCGUCACCAACUCGAAUAGUAAUCAAGUUAGUGUACUUCUUGGAUACGGAAAUGGGGCCUUUCAAACACAGAAAACAUAUGCAACUGGUGCGAAUCCAUUUGCGGUCGCUGUCGGUGACUUCAACGGCGAUAGUCGGCCGGAUUUGGCCGUUGCCAACUAUAACGAUGAUACAGUUAGCAUUCUUUUAAAUAUAUAUUAA